GUUUCCGGAGGCAGAGUGAGGGCUCCUGUAACCUCUGCUGUUGCACUAGUGACUCAUACGUGGAUGCUUUUUCUUUCUGUGUCACUGAUUCGCGUUGUUCACUGUGCCUGACUAUGCUAUAGAAAGAGAGCCUUAUUACCAAAGGAUGAGCCCUGGCACACAGGUUACUUGGCGUUAACGCACCUCUGGUCAACCUUUUGCUGAGCCAUGGAGAAGGUGGCAUCUCCUCUGUAGGUUUCCUUCGGUAUACUCGUCCGGGUCACCCAGAGAUCAAAUGAAAAGGAUGGCUAUGACACUGGAUACAUUCACCCGCUCGGUGGAAGCCAAGUCUCUCCCUAGAGUGCUGCAGAUGCAAUCUGGAUAUUAUUUCCAAGGUUCUGUGUAUGAGCUGUAUGGAAGAGAGGGGAGUUUCUCCUGCGGAGAGCUCCUGAAGGUCAUUGGGAUCAGUGUCACCAGACUCAUGGUGGAGCUUCAGUCUGAGGGAUCCAAAUCCAUAACAGUCAAUCUAUCGCUUGACUACCCAGGCCUUUUCAGGAUCGUGGCCGACAAGAGGCCAUACACCAGUAUACAGGAGAUUGUUGACUCAGUGCGUAUCAGCCCUGAGUGCCUGGGCCAACCAGAGUUCUACUGCCCUAAGAAGCUACAGCUUCCUGAGGGGACCAUUCAGGCAGAGGAGAGCUUCAGACUCACUGCUCUUAGGACAGAGCACGGAGACAGCCAUGUUGACUGUGAGGUCACGCGGAAAGACUCCAAGCACAUCUUCACUGUGAAGCUCUCGCACACUGGGGAGUUCUAUGAGUGUGCCGACGACCAGUUCUACACCCUCGGGGAGCUGGUGGAAUGGAAAAUACCCAAAGGAAGGAAAAGGACAGUGACUUGGGCCAAGUCUUUGCCGUCAAAGGAGAAGUGCGUGUCUGAGUUGCCAGAGGACUACAGUGGAGAGUUGGUUCUCACACCUGUCUACGAGCUUCAGACGGUAUCCAAGUUUGGGAAGAAUGUUGUUUUCAUCCCAUCCACCCUGGAUGUUGAGGUUUUGGACGUUACAGAGGAGUGUGACAGUGCCUGUUUCAUGCAGCCUUUGUCCUUCCGUGAUGUCUUUGCCAAGCCCAGCGAGUUCUUCCCCUUCAAAGCAGAAGUCAUCAAGCCACCAUCACAAGUUCAGGAGGAAUUGGGUUUCCUGAAAUCCUCUAAGCAGGUCAUUGUCCACAGUGCCUACCAGGCGAAGAGAAUCCUAGCAUCUGAGAUUCGCAGUGAGGCCCAGAGACGCUUCCUCAUCCCAGUGUCUUACAAUGGCAGAUUCAAGCGCAGGCCCCGGACAUUUCCCACAUCGUAUGACCUGGAGGUGGCCAAGAGUAACAUGGAGCAGCUGCACGUAGUGGCCACCAGGGCCUUUGAGACCCACUACGAGGGGCUGUCCUCGGUGCUGGUGGGAGACCAGUACCUGGUCCACAAGAUGGAGACCAGCGAGGUGAUCUACGGAGACAAGAGGAAGACGGUGGAGGCCCUGGCCUGUGAGAAGAUGGUGGGGAAGAAGUACGAGGCCGUGUUGAUCCCCAUGUGUCUGGACGGGGGUUUUGUGGAGGUGGUCCACGACAAGAAGCAGUACAUGCUCUCAGACAUCUGCCACAGGUUCGCCCUGCCCUUCAACGUCAAGGUGUCCAUGAGGGACCUCUCAGUGAAGGAGGACCUCUUGGCUGGGUCCACAGGGCUGCAGCUGGAGGAGGAGAUCACUGACCCCUACCUUAUUGUUUCCACCCCGGACCUAGCCCAGUGUUGGGAGGUGCCUGUCAACCGCACCAACAUGGCCCUGCAGCUUCUGGAGCGGUGGAAUGGCCCAAAGCUGACCCAGGGCGAGGCCGUCCGCUCAGCUGUAGAGGAGAUAGGAGAGAACUGCUACUUCACCCUGAGGAGGUAUGCCAAUGCCAGCAUGCUGCCUCCCCCUCGACCACCCAAGAGACCCCAAAAGCACUCAGAAGAUACAGUGAAACUGCCGCCUCCCAGGCCAAAGAAGUCAGAGAGCCCACAUACAGCCAAUACAGCCAAACCCGCAGUGCCUACCUCUAGAGCAUCUAGCUGUGCAGAACAGAACCCCACUCCACCAAGAAAUGAAACUUCCAACACAAGUCUGGUCACAGUGCCUGAUUCAGGCCCACAAAAAGCCACCGGUGAAGAAAACAGUCCUCAGCACAAGACAAUUAAACAGGAUGAUGAUGGCACUAAUGAUUAUGAAUACAUUGAUGAGGAUGAACUUGCCAGCAUCAGGAGAAAAUUUAAUGACCAAAGUAUUCACGGCAAGAGAAAAACAAUAAGCACAUUUGCCAUGCAGACUGCGAAACAGGUUUAGGAAAUAAGAGAAUCAAUGGAUAUCUUUAGGAUGGAAUAGAAUCAAUGGAUAUGAUGAAUAUCUGAUACAUAUCCAAGCUUAACGUUUGAGUGUGAAGAUCAAUGAACAUUUUGGCAUGUGAUAUAUAAUGUUCAAAUUUCAAGCAACAUUUAUUUAUCUUUGUUAUUAUGCACUUUAUACUGAGCCACUCUUCCAUGUAAAUGUGUUAUUAUUGUCCUACAAUAAAUACAUUGUUUGUACAUUAAUCAACAAAGGACUUUUGUCUAUUGUGGAAAAGGAAUAAUGGCAAACACAGGAAGUGUAAAUAGCACUGUGUGAGUUUUAUUCAUUGGACUUAUGUGCUCAAGCCUGUGCAGCUGCUGGCCAUCUCUGUCAGAACGGAGACGAAGGUGGAAACAGCGAAUUUAGGGUCCAGGAUCAGAUUCUGUAGGAGCUCCCGGCCCUUCUCCCGAGCCUUGUCAGAGCACAUGGCUGAGCGCCACAUCUUAACCGGAGCGCCCA